AUGCAUGUGGCUCCUGCCACUGUUGUUUCACGCGGCACCAAGACGGCCCUUCCAGCUACUGAUGAUGAGAAUGAAGAUGUCGAAGAAACUACCACUCUUCCGGCUAAAAAGACACCCGAUGUUAUACCCGACAAAGUAAUUAAUAAAUUCUUGGCCAAACUCAAAUCCGACAGCCGCAAUGUGGAUACCUUCUAUGUUCCCAUGCUUUGGGGUGAAGAUCAAUGGGUCGACAUUUCGAUUUCUCUCUCUAAUUCAACUAUUAUUGUCCUUAACCCUUUCAUGGAGGCCGUUGAUGAUAAGAGGACGAGCACACUUUUAAAACCACUUCUUCAAAUGAUCCAUGUUGCUGUUACAGAUCUUGGCCCUGGUUCCCCUCCGCAAUGGCCCUUUCAGAUUGUAAAAGAAUCAGCUGCCCCUCAAACAAAUCGUCUUAUUGACUCCGGUCCCAUGGCUGUUAAAAUCAUUGAAGCACACUACCAAGAUCUCAGUCUUCUUGGCAUCACCCAGGAAAAUGUUGACAACAUUCGCAUUGACAUACACCGUGGAAAUUUACGAGUAGUUCGUCCACUCAAUUUGUGGCUAAUAUAUAUGUUGUUUCUAUAA